GUUCCUCCAGGCUGCUUCGGCAUGGCACGUGAUGACGUCAGCAUCUCAGGGUGAAGCCCGGGGGUCGGUGUCCGGAGGAGCACAGAGGAGCGGAGGAGCCGCCGGAGGAGCAGACAGUAGCUGCCACCACCAACAUGAGACUCGUCCUCAUCUCGCUGAUCUUCUCGCUCGGACUCGGUGCUCAGCAGCUGUCGCUGUCGGGGAUGUACGGCAGCCUGCGCUCACCAAACUUCCCGGAGCCGUAUCCCCGGGAGACGCAGCUGCGCUGGAACAUCAGCGUUCCAGACGGCUUCCGGAUCAAGCUCUACUUCAGCCACUUCGACCUGGAGCCGUCUUACCUGUGCGAGUAUGACUACGUCAAGGUGGAGGCUGAGGGAGAGGUGCUGGCGCUGUUCUGUGGGAAGGAGCAGACGGACACGGAGGUGGUGCCGGCUCAGCAGGCCCUCACCUCCCCCAGAAACUCCCUCAGCCUCCUCUUCUCCUCCGACUUCUCUGACGAGGAGCGGUUCUCCGGGUUCGUGGCUCACUACAACGCUGUGGACAUAGACGAGUGCAGCGAGCAAAGCGACAGGGACGUGCUCUGCGAUCAUUUCUGCCACAACUACAUCGGAGGAUACUACUGCUCCUGUCGCUAUGGUUACCUGCUGCACUCCAACAACCACACCUGCAGAGUAGAGUGCAGCAGCGAUGUGUUCAGGGAACGCUCCGGAGUUCUGAGCAGCAUUGACUUCCCUGCUCCGUACCCAAAGAGCUGCGAGUGCUCGUACCGCAUCGAGGUGGAGGACGGCUUCAGGCUCCACCUCCAGUUUGACUCACGCUUUGAUGUGGAGGAUCACCCUGACGUCAGCUGUCCCUACGACUACAUUAAGAUUAAAGCAGGAAGUGCUGAGUUCGGUCCGUUCUGCGGCGAUCGAUCUCCAGGAGUCAUUCAGACUGACAGCAACGUGGCCUCCGUCGUGUUCCGCAGCGAUAACUCCGGAGAAAACCUCGGCUGGAGGCUCAGCUACACGGCUACAGGAAGUCAAUGUCCCGUGCCUGAGACUCCGCCCAACACCCUGAUGAACCCUUUCCAAUCAGAAUACUUCUUUAAAGACCACAUCCUGUUUACCUGUGAGCCUGGAUACCACCUGCUGAAGGACGGAGGUCACCUGGAUCACUAUCAGAUUGACUGCCGGGCCGACGGAUCGUGGAGCGACCGUCCUCCUCCGUGCCAUAUGGUGGAUUGUGGGAGUCCAAAGAUGGUCGACAUGGCUGAUGUGGUGUUUGGUAACCAUGACAACAGCACACUGUUUGGGGCGACCGUUCAGUACGUGUGCAGGGAGGGCGGCGUCCAGCUGAACACUUCAUACAGGUGUGGUCUGAGUGGAGACUGGGUCGAUUCAGAAGGAAGAAGCACACUACCCACCUGUCUGCCAGGCUGCGGCCAGCUAUCCCGCCCUCUCCCCCCUCAGGUGAAGCGGAUUGUGGGCGGUCGUAGCUCCGAGCCUGGCUUCUUCCCCUGGCAGGUCCUGCUCAGUGUGGAGGACCUGUCCAGGGUCCCAGAGGACCGCUGGUUCGGCUCCGGGGCCCUGCUGUCGGAGUCCUGGGUCCUCACAGCUGCCCACGUCCUGCGGGCCCUGAGGAGGGACACCAGCGUCAUCCCCGUGGCCGCUGACCACGUCAAGGUCUUCCUUGGUCUCCACGACGCCAGAGACAAACGUCGGGCCACCAACCGCUCCGUGGACCGGAUCUUCCUCCACCCGGACUUCCAACCCAACAACUACAACAACGACAUCGCCCUGCUGAGGCUGAGUGAGCGGGUGGAGUUUAACCAGCUCAUCCGUCCGGUCUGUCUCCCACCGCCUCACACACAGGAUGACCCCCCGGCACCUCUCCCCAACUCUCUAGGUGUAGUUGCUGGUUGGGGAAUCUCCAACCCCAAUGCCUCUACUUCUUCCUCCCCCUCAUCCACUCUGACCUUUGACCCUGUGUUGGACGCCGACCUCGAGAUGACCUCUGACCUCCUGCAGUAUGUGAAGCUGCCGGUGGUCUCCCAGGCCGAGUGUGAGGCGAGCUACGCCUCCCGCUCCAUCAGCUACAACAUCACUGACAACAUGUUCUGUGCCGGCUUCUUCGAGGGGGGCGGGACACCUGCUGGGGACAGCGGGGGUGCGUUUGUGAUGGAGGACGAGGUCAGCCGGAGGUGGGCGGUGUUUGGGUUGGUAUCCUGGGGCGGACCGGAGGAGUGCGGGAGUCGGAGAGUGUAUGGAGUCUACACCCGAGUAGCCAAAUAUGUGGAGUGGAUAGAGAGUCACCUUCACGCUGCCCCCUGGUGGUGAUGCUGUUUAAGGCUUUUCAAACCACCUGUAGGAGCAAAUGUCCCAGUUUUAAAAAAAGUACCCUUUAACUUUAGUCCCGCCUUCCUCCUGAAUCAAAUGCUCAUUUCAGCUCAGUUCCGCCUCCCGCACAGAUGCUUCAGCCUGCCAACCUGCAAGCCGCUUUGCAGUCCACCUCCACCUAGAGCUGGGCGAUAGAACGAUAACGAUAUGUGUUGUGAAAUAACUUUUUCUCGAUAGAAAAAUUAAACUAUUGCGAUAGGCCUCAUCUCUCUUGUCCUCUUAAA